AUGGUGAUGCGCGACCUCGGGGCCUGGUCCCUCACCUGCACAGCCUUCCGCACGCUCUGCAGCGCCGAGACCAAGUGUCGCCACUUGUGCCUGGCCGCCAGCCCGGUCCUGUUCGGCCUCGGCCUCUCGCCCCUCUACGCUGCGCCUUCACCGCCACAGCUCGUUCACGGUUUUAACUCCGAUGCCGACUCACCCACGAGUUUUAACUCCGAUCACUGCUGGUGGCAGUUGCGCGCUCGGCUGCUGGUGGCCCGGCCCCACCGGCUCACGGGCCAGCGCGAGGUCCAUCCGACCGUAGGCCGCGACGCCGUUCGUCGGCUCGAGCCGCGAGACGCUGGCCGAGGCCUUUGCAGAGGUGGCGCGCGCCACCAUGGACCAGCCCCUCGUUUCGAUCGAAGAAGAAGAAAAGCGUUUCAUGGCGGCGGUUGUGUGGCCAGGAUCAACUUUGGCGACGAGCCCUUUGUGUUCGAUGUCAAGACCUUCGUUGAGCGGAAGCGCGCCGGCCUGUUGGCCACCCUUCCACACCUGCGGCUCACCGGGAGCUGGGAGGCCGCAGCCCCCAAGCAUUGUUGA